UGUGCCCUGGAUACAAUGAACUAUGACGUUAUCAAGGGUCGGCCAAUCCGGAUAAUGUGGUCUCAGCGUGACCCAGGACUCAGGAAGUCCGGUGUGGGCAACAUCUUUAUCAAGAACAUGGAUGAGUCUAUUGACAACAAGGCACUGUAUGACACCUUCUCAGCCUUUGGCAAUAUUUUGUCCUGCAAGGUUGUUUGUGAUGAAAAUGGAUCAAAAGGUUACGGCUUUGUUCACUUUGAAACUCACGAGGCUGCAAACCGGGCCAUUGAAACAAUGAAUGGGAUGCUGCUGAACGAUAGGAAAGUGUUUGUUGGCCACUUCAAGUCUCGUAAGGAGAGAGAGGUUGAGUUUGGAACCAAAGCUAUGAAGUUCACCAACGUCUACAUCAAGAACUUUGGUGAAGACUAUAGUGACGAGAAAUUCAAGGGAGUCUUCUCUGCAUUUGGGAGGACUCUGAGUGUGCGGGUGAUGAAGGACGAGAGGGGGCGUUCACGAGGAUUUGGUUUUGUUAACUAUGCAAACCACGAAGAUGCUCGGAAGGCUGUUGAUGAAAUGAAUGGAAAGGAGCUUAAUGGAAAAACCAUCUAUGUUGGGCGGGCUCAGAAGCGCCUGGAACGCCAGGGAGAGCUCAAACGCAAGUUUGACCAGAUCAAGCAGGACCGCAUCCAGCGCUACCAGGGGGUGAAUCUGUAUGUGAAGAACCUGAAUGAUACCAUAGAUGACGAGAGGCUGCGGAAGGAGUUUGCCCCUUAUGGCAUCAUCACCAGUGCCAAGGUGAUGACAGACGGUUCGCAGAGCAAGGGCUUUGGUUUCGUCUGUUUCUCUUCACCUGAGGAAGCAACAAAAGCUGUCACUGAAAUGAACGGAAGAAUUGUUGCAACCAAGCCGCUGUAUGUGGCUCUGGCUCAGCGGAGGGAGGAGCGUAAAGCAAUCCUCACCAACAAGUACAUGCAGAGACUCGCCACCCUGAGGACCAUGCAAAGUCCCAUCAUCGACUCAUACCACCAGACCGGAUACUACAUGACUGUACCACAGCCUCCUACUCGCUCCUUCUAUAACCACAACGUUGUCAGCAACAUGAGGCCAGUACCUCGCUGGACAGGACAACCACCGAGACCACAGGGCCCGUACUCAACCCAGUUUGUUGGUAAUUCUGUUCCUCGACGUGGAUCACCGACCAUUGCUACAGUCAGACAAGCUUCCACCCAGGCUCCACGUGUUGUCAGUUCUUCACAGAAGACAAAUAACAUUGGGACCCAGACUGUAGGAGGACGCACAGACACGGCCGGUAUGAUCAGAAACAACCAGUACAAGUACUCGUCUGUUGUGAGGAGCCCUCAGCAGAUCAUCACUGUACCUGCACCGAUGACAAGACUACAGUGUGAUUUGUACCAGGUUAUUCCUGCCCCAGUGAUGGAGCCACCCUUGCAUGUUCCAGGCCAUGAGCCGCUCACCGCCUCGAUGCUGGCUGCAGCUCAACCAAUGGAUCAGAAACAGCUCCUUGGUGAGCGAUUGUAUCCAAUGAUCCAUGCCCUUCACCACAGCUUGGCUGGGAAGAUUACAGGGAUGCUACUGGAGAUCGACAACUCAGAGCUGCUGCACAUGCUGGAGUCGCCCGAGUCUUUGCACUCCAAGGUGGAUGAGGCGAUCGCAGUCCUACAGGCUCACCAGGCGAAGGAAUGCUCUACUAAGAAGUGAAGAGCCAGUACAGAUUUCAACGACUGAGGAAACAGAAUCAGUAAAAUUGUAAAAAAAAAA